AAGAAGAAAGAAAAAAAAAGUACUUUUACUGAAAAGAUUAGCUGAUGUUUGAUUUGCCCCCUCUUUUUACAGCCUCUCUUUGCCAUAUCACAUUCCAUUAUUCUUUUGUUACAGUGGAGAAAUAUAAGAGAGGCUACAGAGAGCCCAAAGAACCUUUACUCUAUUUUCCUUAGUUCUUUUUUCCUUUUUACAUACUUCACUAGUUCUGCACUUCACUAGUCUUGAUAGUUGAAAAAACUUUUAAUACUCUUUCUAAGUCCUUUGCUUCUUGAAUUCCUUUGAUGUCAAUUCCCUUAGAAGAGCAUGAUUACAUAGGCCUAUCUGAGAAGAGUAGUUGUGUUUCCUCAAUAGAAAUUAAUGAGAGGAAAAGCAAAAAACACUUGAACUUGAACUUGAAGGCCACUGAGCUUAGACUAGGCUUGCCUGGUUUUGAGUCCCCUGAGAGGGGCCCAUUUGGGGUUUUGAAAGGUUUAGUUUAUGGAACCAAAAGGGGGUAUUCUGACACCAUGAAUGGUACUUCUCUAAAGUUGGCUUUCUCUAGAUCUGAGGUUGAUUCUGCUAAAGGUCACAGUGGGUUGUUGUUCUCUCCUAAGGGUGGAAGCAAGAUUCUUGGUGCUGUUGUCUCUGCAGAGAGUAAUCUUCAACCAUCUUCUAUGGCCAAUGUUGUGAAAGAUCCUGCUCCAAAAUCGCCAAGUCCAGCACAGGAGAAAAAGCCUCUGAUUCCAACUAGUAAUGGACAUGGGGUUGCUCCAGCCACUAAGACACAGGUAGUAGGAUGGCCACCAAUUCGAUCUUUUCGGAAGAAGUCAAUAGUCAGUAAUCCUCCCAAGACUGAGGAGGAUGUGGAUGGUAAGUUAGGAUCUGCUUGUGUUUAUGUCAAAGUUAGCAUGGAUGGUGCCCCUUAUCUGAGGAAGGUUGACCUUAAGAUCUACAAAAGCUACAAUGAUCUGUCUUCAGCACUAGAAAAGAUGUUCAGCUGCUUUACCAUUGGUCAAUGUGGAACUGAAGGCAUUCCGAUUCGUGAUGGACUAACUGAAAGUAGAUUGAUGGAUCUUCUACAUGGAUCUGAGUAUGUUCUUACCUAUGAGGACAAGGAUGGUGAUUGGAUGCUCGUUGGUGAUGUUCCAUGGGAGAUGUUCACAGGGUCUUGCAAGAGGCUGAAGAUCAUGAAGAGUUCAGAUGCAAUUGGUCUAGCCCCAAGAGCCAUGGAGAAAUACAAAAACCGUUAAACAAGUAGCACUCUCGCUACAAAUGUUGCAGGUAUCUUGAAGCAAAUGGAUGAUGGAAACUGGAAAGUGAAGUGUCUGCUGAUAUAUGUUAGUAGUAGAAGCCUUAAUUUGGAUUUGAAGUUGUGUACCACGCUUUUAAGUUUGUGUGUGUUAAGUCUCUAUUUGAUGUAAGGGAAAAUAACCCUCUGAUAGAAACAUAUAUUCAUAUCCACAAGUAUUCUUACUGGUUGCUUCAGCAAGGCUUCUGUGUCUCUAUUGUAAAUGGUCUCAUCCUUUAAUAAAUCACUCAUGUCAGUGUGGCUAAAGUUGUCCAUCA